UGAUUGAUGGAACUGGUUCCUAAAAUGCCUUCUUUACCACUGGGAAAUGAAGCUAUUCAGUCAAUGAUUAUUUUCCUUUGUGUAAUUGAGGCACUUUUGUUCCCAAUGCACAAUUCUUUUUUUUGGAUGAUUUCAACAUCUUCUGUGCAGUUAUUCUCUUGGAAGGAAAAGGGCAACUCUGUCCUUGGUCCUAAUUACGAGCUGGUUUCCUCAAGGUUAGCCUGUGCUUUCCCCGCUUUGUCUUUUCUUUGGAAAAUAUUUUUCUCUCCUGAGGUUUCUCGUAAUAUCACUUAUACACUUAGGGGGCGUUUGUUUAGGUGUGAUUUAAACACUUUGCAUGCAAAGUUUAGGGAAGUAAACUGUUUACACUGUUUGGUUUAAUUUUUUAAUGUAAUCUGUAGGGCACUUUUUUUAAUCAUUUUACACUGUACCAUGUAAUCUAUUUUACGUGGGGAGAGGGUGGUAAAAUUGUUUACACCGUAUUAUAAAAACAAGCUCGUCUGAUGUUGACGAUUCUAGCCCUACUCUCUCUGGCGGCAAAAAUAAAAAAGAUGGCGGUAAUUCCAUCUUUCGAGCAAGUAUAAGUAGAAGAGAUCUGCUCAGCUGCUCUCACAAACUCAUUUUUCCGAAGCAAGCAUUAGCUGGUCUCCUCUCAAACCAGUGUGGAAAAUGGACAGCCCUACGCAGGAGGAAUUAACAAUGUACAUGGCGGCUUAUUCUGUCAUGUUACAUUUUAAAAACAUACUACUUCUGUUAGUUGCAAUAUUGGAGUACUAUGCACCCAAUUUUGUUCUAAGAAAGAGGAAGAGAAGUCAAAAAGGAAAUGCUUACCAGAGAUACACAAUUAGAUGUCUAAAUAUUAGAAGUAUGAUUUGGGAUGAUGAUAUAGAAUGUGUGGAUAACAUUAGGAUGGAUAGGAGAGCAUUUUACAAGCUCUGUAAUAUGGUUGAAAGCAUUGGUUUGUUGCGGUCAACAAAGAACACGUCUAUUGAAGAAAUGCUUGCUUCAUUUCUCUAUAUUUUGGCUCACCAUACUAAAAAUAGAGUAGCCAAGAGAGAAUUUGUGCGCAGCGGUGAAACAAUUAGCAGACACUUCAAUAGUGUCUUACUUGCUAUCUUGAGAUUACACGAAGUUUUGCUUAAGAAGCCUGAACCAGUACUUCAAAACUGCAGAGCACACCCAUGGAAGUGGUUUAAGAACUGUUUAGGUGCAUUAGAUGGAACAUAUAUUAAGUUAAAUGUUGCAGAGCAAGACAAACCCAAAUAUAGAACAAGAAAAGGUGAUUUGGCCACAAAUGUAUUGGGAGUUUGCUCUCAAGAUUUAAAUUUUAUUUACAUACUACCUGGUUGGGAAGGGUCCGCUGCUGAUUCAAGGGUUUUAAGAAGUGCAGUUUCCAGAUCCAAUGGUUUUCUAGUUCCUCAAGGUUACUACUAUCUUUGUGAUGCUGGAUACAGUAAUGCAGAUGGUUUCUUGGCUCCGUAUAGAGGCCAGCGCUACCACUUAAAAGAAUGGAGUCAAAACAAUCAACCUAGAACAAAAGAGGAAAUGUUUAACUACAAACAUUCUAGCGCUCGUAAUGUCAUUGAGAGAUCAUUCGGUUUACUUAAAAUGAGAUGGGCGAUUCUUCGUGAAAGAUCUUGGUAUCCUAUCAAGACGCAUUGUAGAGUGAUAACGGCCUGUGCUUUACUGCACAAUCAUAUAAGAAGGGAGAUGCGAAGGGAUCCACUUGAGGAUAAGGUGCCCGAGGAUUAUGUUGAUCCUGACACGUUGUUAAAUGUCCCAAACAUACAGGAUAUCGAACCCUCCGUUGCGUGGACUGCAUUUAGAGAUAAUUUAGCACAAGAAAUCUGGAACGAGUGCCGUAGGAAUUAAGCUUGAACUUAUUGGUUUUAUUCAUUGUUAUUAUUUUGUUACUAGUUAUUUAUCUGUAAUGGACAUGCUCAUAAUAUUCAGUGAAUUUGAGAUCUAACAUUUUUAUUACCAUUUCAAUAGUUGUGUUUGGCAUUUGAUUAUAUUUUCCAAAUCUAUUGCCAUGUUAAACAACCUAUUAUACCCAUUUUUAUGUACUGUCAAUGAUACACAUGGUAUGAUCAUGCAGUUUGUGUUGUCCAUGUUGAUUCUCUUAAUUAUUUGUCCAUAAAAGGUAGGCACUUUACCAUGGAAGAUUGUACUGUUAUCUCAAGUACAAAGGUGAGCAAGCGUAGCAAUCAUCAAUGGUCUCCUCAUGAGGACAAAAUUCUUAUUGAUGGCUGCCUAGAAUUCAUUAACCAAGGGUGGAAAGCUGAAAAUGGUUUCAAAACGGGAUUUUAUCAACAAUUGCAGAAAUGGAUGACUGCAAAAAUCCCUGGUUGUCAUAUUACGGGAGAUCCACAUAUAAAGAAUAGGUUAAGACACUUGAAAACACAAUACAAAGAAUUUUCAAUGAUGAGAGAUGCUUCGGGUUUUGGUUGGAAUGAAGAAAGGAAAAUGGUGACUUGUGAUGAUGAGGUUUGGACAUCAUGGAUCAAGAGCCAUAAAGAUGCUACUCAUUUGAGAUAUAAAUCCUUCCCUUAUUUUGAUGAGCUAGCAAUGAUAUUCGGUAAUGAAUGGGCAUCUGGGGAUAAGUGUGAGUCUCCUGCUGAAAUGGUGGCAGCUUUAGGAAAGGAAAGUGAUCCUUUGACUGGAGGGUCCAUGUCGAAAAAGGCUGUUCAAGAUGACUUUUUUGGUGUGGCUGUGGAUCUUGAAAGUAUGAAUGAUCAUAUUUUUUCUACGCCUGACAUCAACAAAAACAAGAAACGGGCUGCUAGUGUUUCAAUCAAGGAGGAAUUUAGUGGAACAAAAAAAUCCAAGAAGAGUGGUUCUUUUGAUAAACAUGCUGAAGACUUUCAACAAAAAAUGGAAAGAAUUAUGGAAUUAUGUGCUACUUCAAACAAACAGUUUGAGAAGAUGUCAACUUUCUUUGAUCGUUUUAAUGCAGCUGAUGAUAACAAGCCACAUAUUUUAGAGAUGAUAAUGAAUUUACCAAAUUUAAGCAAGGAGAACGCGAUUCGAGCAUUUGGAAUCAUAUCAGCUAGUAAAGGGAAAACAGAUUCGUUUUUAUUGAUGCCAGAUGAAGAGGCCAAACUGAUUUACAUUAGUGCUGUUCUAAACGGUGAAAUAUGAUUACAGCAUGUUCUGUAAUUAUGUUUUUCAAUUUUGUCUAGGAUUUGUUUAAUUUCUAAGCAAUUUCAUAUUUGGUUGAAUAAAGCAGCGGACUGCUAUUUGAACUUUUAUAAAUUUAAUGCUACCCACUUUCUGCUUUUUUAUUUUAUUAGUAGCUUUC